AUGCAGGCCUCAUCCGGCACCAGAGAAGAAACCGAGAGUGUGCCGGAGUCGCCUGAAUCGACUCCGCCGACAACACAGAGGCCGAAGCUGGCAGCAUCACCACCGCCGCCAUCGCUUCCGCCGCGACCUCGUCCAGCACGGCGCAUAGGCCGAAUACGCCGCCCGAAGAAGGGCUCCCUGCGUGACAUCCUUCGCCAGAAUGCCGGAACUUCCCUCUUCUUGCGGCCCAUAGGUUGGACGGACCUUCAUGCUAGCCUGCUUGGUGUCCGCUUCUGUGAGCUGCCAGUCUGCGACACGCCGCGGCCCUGCACCUUGCCGGGCUCUCCGCCAACGCAGGGCCACAUGCGACCGUCAAACACCAUCACCAAACUGAGCGAGGCGCUGACGGAAAUUCUGGUUCCCUCCUCGUCGCUACCAAAGCCAACAUUCACAGCUGUCAAGGCCGUCUUGAUGACGCUUUGGCCAGCAGCCUUUGCAAAACCGCAGCUAUUCCCAGAACUCAACAUCUACUUCGGCGACAAAGUUUAUUAUGACGCCGUCAGAGUGCAGGCCAUGUGGAACUUUCCUCCAUCUUCUGCCUUGUCAUCACAGAGCUCUGUCGCUACAGUGGUGACCCGACCUGCUGAAUCCUAUGGAUCCUCGUCAUCGACGACACCUCACUCUACUGCAAACUUGCCGAUGUUAUGCUACAUAGGGAAGAAUCAACUGGCGUCAAUACGUCAAAAUAUCUUUCGUGUGGCUGUCGGUCCCGAUAACAACCCCAACAUCCCUGUCCAACGACUACAACAACUCCGGGGGAAGCGUCUUAUUCCGGCAGAUGCUGACCAAGAUCCGCAUUUCGUUGGUAUUUUUCUGGCCAUGGCCCAGCGCCAUUUUUACACCGCACCGACACAGAUAUUCGCAAGAGAAACGUAUUGGCCUCGAAAAGGCGACUCUCGCCGACCCGACUUUCAGGAUGUCAAGAUGAGGAUUUUGACUCAUGAUACUGAGACUUGCGAAUUCCUGGUUUAUACGGGACAUGUUACGGCUAAAUUCCUCGAGCGAUUUUACGACCCAUCCAGCGCGCCGUGCGACGAAGAUGGUAACAUUGAGGGAAUGAAGAUUGAGUUUGCUCGGGUCCCCAUCUGGCCAAUCCUCGGAUUACGAGAACGACUGGGCAAAGCCCUCGGAGAGGAUAUUGUGGGCUCGUUUGACCCAAAUUAUAUGGAGACGUGGGAAGAAGACAAUGCCAGAGUUGCCAACAUCAAACGAAAGCGAGGAACUCCACCGACAAUAGAAAGUUUGGAGGAAGAAUCGGACGAGGAUGAGGCCAGCAUGGCUGACAAGAAGCGGUGCUUGAGCGGGGAAGGAAACCGUGUGGGCGUGGUGGUAUGA